GAUUUAUUGUUGUUUCUAACAAAAACCCAAAACAUUUUCACCGACUUGUAUAUCAAUCCACCCUCAACCGGCGAACCUCCACUCCUCCGGCGAACGGUUGCUAGCAGCGACGUUAUCAACCGUUACUUCUAACGGAAUAUCCGAAUUUGGGAAAUUUGUGCAAGAAAUUGAUUUGAAUAAGGAGGAUGGGGUCUGGUGAAGCUUUGAAGGCUGCAAAGGUUUAUAAAGAGUUGAUGAAAACAGUGAAGAAACAUAUUGGGAAGGAAGAACAUAAAGCUCAUUUUAGAGAGUUUAUAAAGACAGAGUUUAGGAAAAGUGUUGACGGGUUGGAGUCGUCGGUUAUUCAGCAGAAGAUGAAAGUUGCUAGUGAUUAUAGUUAUCUUUUGAGCAGUGUUCAUCAUCAUCAGGACUUGUUAUUUAGCUACAACAUUGCAGUCGAUAGAUCAGACGAAAUGAAAAAAGUACUUGGAAAAUCUGCUGCAAGUGUCGGUCUCCAGCUUCCUGAGGUUUACCAGCCUUGAAAUUCAGCAGGGAAUAAAGAUGAAAACGGGUUUGAAUAUGUUUGAAGCACGAUCAAUAGAAAUUACUUUACAGAAUAAAACUGCUGAUCAUCGAUUGUUUUGAUGUCAUGAAUUGAAGAUUUUGUUUUGUUUAUCAUCUUCCUCCUCUCACAAUCCAGUGAUCCACCAAAAACAAAAAAUUUGACUUAAUAAUAUUUAGAUUUGUGGCACUUGAGCCGCCUUUUCCAUCGGUC